AUGGCCUCCAAACCAGGCAACAUCGCCGUGCGCUCCCGUCCUUCUUCUCCACUACUGACCCCUAUCAUCUUCCAAAAAUGGUACGAAGACAUCCACAUCCCCGAUGUGCUGGGGACCGGCCAUGUAAAGUCCGCAACAAGAUACCGCACCUCCGAUCCAAGAUCAAUGCCUUUUCUUGCCAUCUAUCAAUUACCAGACAUGAACUGGCUGCACGAGGACGGCUGUCUAUUCUGGAAGAUACCACUCCGCAGCAAAGUCCUCCCUGGUGACAAUACUAGCAUCUUUGACGUUGCUGAGUUCAAGACUGAGUUCUUUGAGACGAUUGACACGGUGCAAUUUGGCAAACCUGUCGAUGAUGACAGCAAUGUGGCGUCAAAAUUGUUGCUCCGUUCCUUCAACCUCACAAAAGAUGAGGAUAGCGGGGACUCGAGCUCAAUGCACAAAGGCGCGCUCGCCAGGUUGGGAAUCGCAGAAUCAAGAAGCUCCGAGUUGGUCCGCUCGACACUCUUCAAAGUUGAUGAAGCCCGUCCUCAUCAUCCCUCAAUGCCAACACCAAUUACAGCGCCAGACGAGAAGCAAUAUCUCUGCAUGGUAGGAAAUCGUUCUCUGUUGACUUCCCCGUCAGGAACUAACUAA